CUGGCUGAUUUUCUCAGGAGCCGAAUCGAAAUCGACUCGCUCCAGCAGUUCCUCCCUUUCCCCGCCGAAUGGAUCUCGGACCUCGAAUCGGUGCCGCAGAUCGCCUUCAGGGCCACCGCUUUCCCCUGCGGCGGCCUCGCGAUCGGUGUUUGCUCGUUGCACAAGAUCGUAGACGGCCACACUCUGGCCGAUUUCUUGAAGCUCUGGUCCACCGUCGCCAGGAGCCAUGAGAAAACGGCGGCGGCGGCAGUAGGCGGCAGCGCGUACGCUCACAAUCGCGCUGCCACGUCACUCCUGCCGCUGCGGCACGGCGAUGUCCCCGCAACCGCAGGGGAUUUUGUGGCCCAACAAGGAGGGAAGAUCCGAACGAGGAGACUCACAUUCGAUGAAGAAGCGGUUCACGCGCUGAAAGCCAAAGCGAAGAGCGUGGAGAUACCCGACCCGACCCGGACGGAGGCGGUUGCUGGAAUGUCGGUUAACCUCCGAUCCCGAAUGAAUGAGCCAUGGCCAGAUUACUCGAUCGGCAACAUGAUCUGGACGGCUAUGUCGUUGUACCACAACGAUCACCAAAAAGACUCUUUAGAUGAUGGAACAAAGACACUGCAAGAGCUGUCCCCGGUGGAUAUGGUGCUGAAGUUUGGCUGA